UCGAUUCUACGUUCAUUUUUACGUACAUUUAGACUUUUAUAUAAUCCGAAACAAUAUAUUAACAAGUCGAAAAAUUACGAGCGCUUUUUUAUUGCAAUCACAAUCUGAGUUUUUGAAAACGUAUAUGGAGCCCCAGCGUGUGAAAUGCAUGCGAUUGUGUACUUUUGAGUUAUUUCAUUAUUAUUCCAACCAUUAAAUAUUGGAUAACUGUGUUUGAUGUUUUUUUCCGAUGUGCACGUUUAUCUCAUCCAAGGCUGUUGGCUUUUUAUUGAGACAUUUCCGGGAAACUACCUACUCUGCUCGUUCCAUAGGUCGAUUGCACUCUAUCUCUCUCUCCCCCCAAUCGUGCAUUUAUAAAUAAUUCAGUGGAAGAAAUCCAAAAAUAAGCUUGCCAAAGGCACGAAAUCUUGGCGUCGAUUAAUAUACCUGCACGAACAAUUUUUAAUCUUCUUUGUAUUAAUAUCUAUACAAAGUGAAGUGAGAUAGUAGUUGGCAAAAAUCAUUGGCUUUGUGCAAUAUUUCCAAUCGCUAGUUAAACAGUGUGCAAUAUUGUCGUAUAGCCUUCGUUAAGUAGCAUUUUCUUACCAACUGUGUGCAUGUUGUAAAAGGGAAGUGGACAAAGAUAAAAAAAAUCAUGGCGUGUAUGUUGCUGUCCAUGACUUUUGUGACUAAUGCUUUACGAUAUAAGUAGUUUAGUAACUAUCUACAGUUUUUUUAUCAGUUUCAUAUCGAGCACUACACGAGUUUGUGCUUUGUGUCGCUCUGAUACUUUUAUUGGAAUAUUUACUAGUGUUUGUAGUUUGUACUGGUGUUGGAGCUACCGAAAACUCAAGUUAAAUAUUAUCAUAUAAAUGAUAUAUAUCACAAUGCCCAACCACGUAUCAAAGAAGUCCAAAACCCAGGACCCCAUAGACACAGUCGUUGGGUCAGUCUCUGAAGACUUAGAAGUGCCUGUAGCAUCUGAGAUCGUUUUCAGGAAGAUAUGGAGGAUUAGAAAGUUCAAGAAAGCUGUUUCGAAGUUGGACUUUGUAGAUAGUCCUGCAUUUACUUGUUCAGUAAAUGGAACCAUAACCCAGUGGAAUGUGUCUGUUAGGUUUUGGAAAGGUUCUAAUGGCAAAAAAGUUACCAAUCCAGUUGUUCUUUGUUUGAAUUUGACUGGUGUACACACUUCAGAAACCGGCCAAGCUCGUAUUAGAUACCAAUUUGGUGUCUGGGAUGCCAACAUAAGACACUGGGAAUGUUCAUCUAUAUCAAGUACCGUUCUCAACUUAGAAAGUAGGCAAGAUUUGCUCUCUAUAGGCUACAAAAGUCUUGGAAUUCAUGAUAGACACAGUGAUAAUGAAAAAGAUGUAAGAAUAAUGAUAAAAAUUCAAAUAAUCCACAGCGAGGAGGAAGAGCACAGCUUGUCACAGGAUUUGGCAAGAAUUUUAGCAGUAAACUCUGAAGAAUUUUCAGACACAAUUAUUGAAUGUGCCUCUGAUGAAGGAAACAAAACUUUAAAGUCCCACAGUCUGCUUAUAAGAUCGAGAAGCAAGAAGUUGGGCACAAAAUUGGAAGAUUUCCAAGACAAAGAAAACAAAAAUAUAAGGUACAAACUUGACCUUUCUUUCAUUCCACACGACGUUGUCCAAGAAUUUUUGAGAUACAUAUACACAGAUAAAGUCCAAAAUGCUGAAAUGUAUGCUUGUAAGCUGUUGCCCUUGUCAAAAAGGUAUGGUCUGCCUGGCCUUACUGCCCUUUGCGAACGCACCCUCAUCACCAGCAUAACACCAACAACUGUACCCAAUAUUCUUCUUCUUGCUGAUGAAUGUGGUUGUGAGAAUCUCAGGAAAGCUGCCCUUCAUUACUGUGAAGAUUCAGAAGAGGUCAAAGGCAACGUACACAUUGGUAAGUCACUGGCUUGGCGAGUAAUGGAAAUGGUAAAUCCAGAUCUCUUCCUUGAAGCUUGCGAAAGUAUUGGAAGUUCUUCUAGCAAUUUGGGAAGCACGGACUUGGAAGAGUGACGAAAAUCUUCUGAUAGGUUUUAAUUUCUGUCUUUUUUUACUUACCUACAUAAAUGUACAAAAAACAAAAGUAUUACUACCACCUAAUCGAACUGAUAAUAAUAAUAAUAAUAAUAGUGUACCUAAAUGCACACUUAGAAAUUAUUUUGUAGACGUACUAGGACAUGUAAGUAAGAAGAUUGUUUUUUUUCUUAAAAAAAUAUUAAUUGCGAUUUUAUUGGUCGCCACUUGUGAUCGUUAUUUACUCGUUCGUGCAUGGAAUUAUAGAUUAAUUUAUUUUACCUUUUCUUUAAUUAUAUCUUAUUAGAAGUCAAUAAAUUAAGAAAAAUCUGAAAUGUUGGUGUCUCAAUAAGCAUCAAUUCAGUACCUUUACAUUAAUAGGCUCAAUAAGCAUCAAUUCAGUAUCUUUAAACUAACUGUAAGGUGAGUAAAUGAGCAAAAAAAGAAAAUUUGAUCUUGUUUUACUUCAAUUGAUCGUAUAUUUAUUUAAACAAACAUCUCUCUAAAUAAGACAGGUAAUCUAUUAUUUUAAGUAAUAAUAAAUGUUUAUUUCCAUGA